CUGCUUCCGGAAGCUCAGCUCAAAAUGCUGAAGUGCUCUUGGAAGUCGCAGGUGCUGUGCUAGCUGGAGAGUGUUCUCGGGCCUGAGCCUCGAGGCCAGGCUCCCGGGUGGCGUUAAUGUUCGGGGCCGCCGGGCGCCAACCGAUCGGAGCUCCAGCCGCCGGGAACAGCUGGCAUUUCAGUCGAACCAUGGAAGAAUUGGUUCACGAUCUUGUCUCAGCAUUGGAGGAGAGCUCAGAGCAAGCUCGAGGUGGAUUUGCUGAAACGGGAGACCAUUCUCGAAGUCUGUCUUGCCCUCUGAAACGCCAGGCAAGGAAAAGGAGAGGGAGAAAACGAAGGUCAUAUAAUGUCCAUCACCCAUGGGAGACUGGUCACUGCUUAAGUGAAGGCUCUGAUUCUAGUUUAGAAGAACCAAGCAAGGACUAUAGAGAGAACCACAAUAAUAAUAAAAAAGAUCAUAGUGACUCUGAUGACCAAAUGUUAGUGGCAAAGCGCAGGCCGUCAUCAAACUUAAAUAAUAAUGUUCGAGGGAAAAGACCUCUAUGGCAUGAGUCUGAUUUUGCAGUGGACAACCUUGGCAACAGAACUCUGCGCAGGAGGAGAAAGGUAAAACGAAUGGCAGUAGAUCUCCCCCAGGACAUCUCUAACAAACGGACAAUGACCCAGCCCCCAGAAGGUUGUAGAGACCAGGACAUGGACAAUGAAAGAGCUUACCAAUAUCAAGAGUUCACCAAGAGCAAAGUCAAAAAAAGGAAAUUGAAAAUCGUUAGACAAGGACCAAAGAUCCAAGAUGAAGGAGUAGUUUUAGAAAGUGAGGAAAUAAGCCAGACCAAUAAGGACAAAAUGGAUUAUGAAGAGCAGAAGAUCUCAGAUGAACUCAUGAGUGAAAGUGAUUCCAGCAGUCUCAGCAGCACUGAUGCGGGUUUGUUUACCAAUGAUGAGGGACGACAAGGUGACGAUGAGCAGAGUGACUGGUUUUAUGAAAAGGAAUCCGGUGGAGCGUGUGGCAUCACUGGAGUCAUCCCCUGGUGGGAAAAGGAAGAUCCCACUGAGCUAGACAAAAAUUUACCAGAUCCUGUCUUUGAAAGUAUCUUAACUGGUUCCUUCCCCCUUAUGUCACAUCCGGGAAGAAGAGGUUUCCAAGCUCGACUCAGUCGCCUUCAUGGAAUGCCUUCUAAGAACAUUAAAAAAUCUGGAGGGACCCCAACUUCAAUGGCUGCACACUGGACCAGUGAGAUUCCCCUAUAAACCAAAUCUUCUAAUGCUAAUAAAUUAGUUACGUUUUGAACAUCUGGGGAAUGACAUUCGAGGGAACCUGGCUCCUGUCCUCUUCCCCUGGAGGAAUAUCAUUGAAGUGAGAGCCUCUUUGAUGAAAAGAUGGGGCUGGUUUUGCUGGAGGACUGGUAUUCUUCCUUUAGGCAGAAGUGAACCUGGUUGGGGGCGCUUUCUAGGGGUCUAGGUUGGCCCAGGGUAGGUAGAAACUACUGUAAAUUUUAUAUAUUUUUCCUCUUUUAUGAUUUUUUUUUACAUUGAAACCAUUUAUGUAUCACUUGCUUUGCCAAAAUGCUAACGAAAGCUGGAAAAUUAAGAACUUCCAGAUCUCACUUAAGUAUUCCUUCAUGUUGAUAUUGUGACUCACUAAGAACUAAUUUUUACAUAUCUGACUGUUGUAAAUAAAAAACGUGAUGCAUUGAUGAACAUUUAUGGUUCAAUUUUAGAGAAAUCUUAUAUAACCAGCGUUAUUUAAAAUAUUUGCAUUUUACUCAGGGUAUUUUAACAAGGGCUACGAUGAGUAGUAAAGGUUGAUAAUCUUUGCUAGAGUUUGUAUUUUGUUCAAGUUUGCCUUCUACUUGGAUAAUCUGCUCUGUAUUGCAAACCUAUUGUAUUUUAUAGUAUAGUUUUCAUUGUACUGCAAAAAUUACCCUAGUUUUGAACUAGCCACAAUGAUAACUAGUCUGUGCUAGUAGGAUCAUUGACUAUUACCUUUUAAAUUACCUGCUUUGUCUGAUACCUGAAACCAAGCAAAAGUAUCAUUUUGGUUUAGAGCUUUUUGAAAUCAUGUGAAAGCUGGCAUUUCAGCAAAUAUUGUAUGACUCUAAAUCAUAUUGUCAUGUUUAAAAGUGAGAGCUGCUUGCACAUCUUUAGAAUGGCAGACCAUGUGUGUCACUGUGAGUGUCAGAAAUACUUGCAUGGGCUCCUUUUCACCAAGCAGAGGGAAAAAUGUAACAUUUCUAUUGAGACACUGUGCUACAUUGAGGCCAUUUGAAUUCAAAAUGGUUAUAUUAAAAUGAUUGAUAUUUUUAUUAAGUUUCGAUACUUGAUGAAAACUGUGAUUAAUACAUGUAUUUUUCUAUUAUUGUAUGGAUUAAUUGUGAACUCAGCAUUUAAUGGCUAACUUAAAUAUGGUGAUCAGAAAAGAAACUCAAAGUUGACAUUUCCUUUACCUAAAGUUAUUAUAAUCUGAAAGAUUUCAGCAAAUGUACUAAUGAAGAAUGUAUGAUAUCUUUUAGAUUGCUUGUCUAAACUGGAGAGAUUAAUAAAGUGCAACUUUGAGUCUCUUUCCCUUUGCAUAUUUUAAGUGAUAUUUUACAGGUACAAUAAUAUGGUGUUUGGUGAUUGUAAGUAAGCUUUUUUGUGCUAUGUCCUUUGGAGUGAAAAUUCAUGAAUUUUUUCCUGCAUUACAUAAAUGCUUUUAUUUUAUUUUGUAUAAUGAUUGUCUUUUAGAUCUGAAUAAGUCCCUUUCAAACCUUGGCCCGUGAACUUUGCCUUACCAGUCGUGAAUCUAGAUGAAUGCUCUCCAGUUCUUGGUUCAGUUUUAGCUUUUUUUCUUUUUGGUUCACUGCCUGCUUGAGCAUAGCUGGGAUUUGUAGCCCAUUUUCUGGGCUUAUUGCAAUCUCACUGUGGUAUUUUAUAGAAGCUAUUACAACUGAUAGGCUAGCUUCAUGGUAUUGAUGAUACAUGGCUUAACCAUAGUAAGAGCUGCCUUCCCUCUCUAAAUUGUAAAAAGGUGAUUAAGUUUCACUUGAUGGAGAUAUACUGUGUAUGUGUGUUUAUCAUGGACCUAGUGCAUUAGGCCAUAAACUGUUCUCCUGGUCUACCUUUUUUUGUAUUCAAAAUUUUACUGAAGAUAAUGGGCUCCUUCAGGUUUUUUUCUUUCAAUCUUGAAUUGUCCUUGUUUGGAUUUUUAAGUACUGUAAUCUUUUUCUUUUCAAUAAAGUAUCUGACUUGGGCAAGAAAGGUAA